CGCGCAGCCAACUUCACGCGAGACUUAAAACUGCACCAUAACCAAUACACCAACAAAAAAUGCCGUGUUGAUUUGUUUAGCAACAAAACCUGUAAUCUUAUCGACGCGACCCGCGUACCCAAUGAACGCCAGUUAUAGCAAAUGAGGCACACAAUAAAGACAAUAAUAUUACACAUAUCGCAAUGCUGCUGUUGGAGCUAAAAAUUCUAACGUUGAAUAUAUGGGGUAUUCCAUUGGUCUCCAGUGAUCGAGCGCCACGCAUCGAAGCCAUCUGUAAGGAGCUAAGGUCCAGCGACUAUGACAUUGUGUCGCUGCAAGAAGUCUGGUCCCAACAGGAUAGCGAGAAGCUGCAACAAGGCACCGCCAAUGUCCUGCCCCAUGCCCAUUACUUUCACAGUGGAGUGAUGGGUGCCGGGUUGUUGGUGCUGUCCCGGUAUCCCAUACUGGGUACACUCUUCCACGCCUGGUCGGUUAACGGCUACUUCCAUCGCAUUCAGCAUGCGGACUGGUUUGGUGGCAAAGGAGUUGGUCUCUGUCGUAUUUUGUUUGGCGAUCACAUCGUGCAUCUGUACAAUGCACAUCUUCAUGCCGAGUAUGACAAUGACAACGAUGAGUACAAGACGCACCGUGUCAUUCAGGCCUUCGACACCGCCCAGUUCAUUGAGGCAACGCGCGGCAAUUCGGUGCUGCAGAUUCUCGCUGGAGAUUUGAACACACAACCGCAGGAUAUCUCAUACAAAGUGUUGCUGUACACGUCGAAGAUGAAGGACAGCUGUGCCUCGGACACCAUUCGCACCAAUGAAUGCGGUCGCAACUCUUAUACGUCGCCGCGUUUGCUAGAGAAGAAUCCACUGGGCAUACGCAUUGAUCACAUCUUUGUGCGUGGCGCUGAUCACAUCAAUGCCGAGAUAGUAGAGUACACACUGCCGUUCCCAGAGCGUGUGCCUGGCCAGAAGUUCAGUUUCUCCGACCAUGAAGCGGUGCUCGCAAAGCUGCGUUUGAGUGUUUUGCCAGCAAAUGGUGCUUCUGCUGUUGCUACAGCAACUGCUGCUGUGGAUGUGGAGCAAGUGGCCUGCAAAGUGAACGGCGAAGGAUUGCGAGAAUUGGGCGGCGCCGGUGAUGCUCCCUUGGAGGAUGUCUGCUUGUCGGUGGCUCAACCGUUGCCAGCUGCUCGCACCGCAGCUCUCAAUGAAGCUCUAGCUCUCUGCGAUGCCUCCUUGUUGCAGCUGAACACGGAUCGUUUAUUAUAUUACAGUGCAGCAACAGUAUUGUUUGUGCUGCUGGUGCUGCUCGUAGAAUUUGCUGCUCCGGUAGGACUUCGGACCAUUUAUCUGCUGCUCAAGUUCAUAGUGUUCGGCGUCAUACUAUUUUGUAUAUUUAUGGCCUCCAUUUGGAACUACAUGGAACGCAAUGGUGUGCUGCAAGGCAAAAAAGGCGAUGGAGGUGAUGCUGCAGCAUGCCCAGAAGUAUGAGUAUUUUUAUUAAUGACACCCCCGAGAAGUAAAAGUACAUCGAUUCAACUGGAUCAUCAUGUGAAACAUUCAAGAAGGCUCAAGAAGCAUUUAAAAUGUAGCCCAAGGGCUAUGUUUGCAUAUCUACACGUCUAUUUAUCGUCGACUUAUGUUAGUUGUAAUCACUUCGAGUUCUGCCUCAGCUGUAACAUUCAAUGCAAUAAAAAUGGUCUCUAUCGCUUUGAGAAUAUCUAUGUAGUAUUCCCGCUACCCGCUUGGCUCAGCUGAGUAAAGAAAUCUUAAACUAACUUAAGACCUGAAUAGUCUUCUUAGUAUUGUACAAAUUUAAUUUACAUUGCUAUAGUAACAUAUUUUUAAAGUUUUUAAUUUAUCUAUCUAAAUAUGACCAUUCUUUUAAUUUAAUACUUUUUUAAUAUUUCGAGGCCGUUACAAGUCUAUUACUAUUUUUCACCACUGACCUAAUAUUAUUUCAACCACUGUACACAGCGAUUCUUAACAAAAAACAAAUUAUUCAAAAUUUAUUCAACUUUCUAAUUUUAUUCUUAAUACAAACAAUAAGUUUUACU